GCAAAAAAAAAUAUAGAAAUGACGUGCCAUAAAAUCCAUUCCUUAUAUGGGCACUCAUAAGUCGGUGGAUCUCAUCCCAUUGGAACUCCUAAUCCUUAUCCUAAUAAUCAUAAUAAUCAUCCUAUAAAUACUCUAGCGAAGAAAGCCUCAUUAGAAUAAGUAACAUACACAAUACAAAAUCAAAUUUCAUUUGUUCAAAAUCAAUUCACAUAAUUAAUUUCUUCAUAACUUGGUUUUCUUCCGCAUCAAAUUUUCAUCACGUACAAUGUCUUCUGAUCUCUCCGUCAUUCUCCCUCGUGUUUUAAUUGUCUCUAGACGAACCCUUCGCAAGAACAAGUUCGUUGAUUUUGUUGGUGAAUAUCAUCUUGAUCUUAUAGUAAGCUAUGGCGCGGUACCGGUCAUAGUUCCACGUGUUUCCGGGGUCCAUAUGUUGUUAGAUAGCUUUGAACCAAUCCAUGGUGUUCUUCUAUGUGAAGGAGAAGACAUUGAUCCAUCAUGGUAUGAACAAGACACACAAUGUCUUUCACAAGAGGAAUUAGAUGAAAUAAGAAAACUACAUGCAAGUGACACAUUAAUUGAUAAAGAAAAAGAUUCAAUUGAAUUAGCACUGGCCAAACUUUGUCUUGAAAGAAACAUUCCAUACAUGGGAAUUUGUAGAGGAUCACAACUCCUAAAUGUAGCAUGUGGAGGUACUUUAUAUCAAGAUAUAGGUAGAGAGAUUUCAAACAAGUGUUUAGAUGAGAGUGAAAUGGUGAUGCAUAUGAACUAUGAUGAUUAUGAUGGUCAUAGACAUGAGGUGAAAAUUGUUGAAAAUACACCUUUGCAUCAUUGGUUUAAGGAUUCUUUGGAAGAUGGGAAAAUGGAUAUUUUGGUAAAUAGUUAUCAUCAUCAAGGUGUUAAGAGACUUGCACAACGUUUUGUUCCAAUGGCUUUUGCCCCUGAUGGUUUGAUUGAAGGGUUUUAUGAUCCUGAUGCUUAUAAUCCCGAAGAGGGUAAGUUUAUUAUGGGUUUGCAGUUUCAUCCUGAGCGUAUGAGGAAGCCUGAUUCAGAUGAGUUUGAUUAUCCGGGAUGCCCCUUCGCUUAUCAGGAAUUUGUAAAGGCAGUUGUUGCUUAUCAGAAGAAGCUGAAUAGUUUAGCAUCUAUCCAAAAGCCUCUAAAGCUUAAUAAGGAAAUGGAAAACAAAAGGAAAACUAUAGUGCGUAGUUUCUCACUUGCAAAAGACCUCUACAAUCAUCAUGGCCAUGGCAUGAACCCCGCCAAAGAAUCUGAACUUCAAGCUGGGGCAGAGUUUCUUGAGUCAAACACAGCCUUGACUGUGCAACAAGAAAACAGGUUAAAGCAAAUGGGUGCAACAGUUAGGAAUUCAGGGUCAUACAUAGAGAGAUUGAAGCAGAAUGAGGAAAGAGAAAAAAUGGCAAGAAAUGCAAUGGAAAAAAUGUCAGUAGAACAAUUAUCAGAACUUUUGUCUUUCUAUCACACUAUGGGACAAAUUAGUUCAGAAAUAUUGGAGAAAAAAAUACAUGACAUUGUCGAUAUAUGAUAAUAUUAGUUUUUGUUUCCUUCCUCUGUCUUUUGUUGACCUUGUUGUGUGGUAUUUGUACCAAGUUUGAUGUGCUACACGUUGUAUUGUUCCUAAUUUCUUUAUUUGGUAAGAGUGCUAUUUUUGUAACAAUCCAUUUUUAUUUUUAUUUUGUCAAUAAUUAUUUCCACCGAACAAAUAGAGGUUUUGGAAUUCAA